ACAACACUUUUCCUUUCUACAACAGGAAAAUCGUCGGCGAUACAGCAUGCAGCCCAAGAUCCCCUCAAAACCUCUGACCAAACCUCAUCAGUACUGAGCAAAACAACCUCGUCAGGUUUAACCAAGCAUCUGGCCCAGAACAAGAAAGCCAUACUCUUAUCUAUGGAGGUGUUUGACAUAAUAAACAAACUGAUGAAAUCAGAUGAGGACAAUGCCACGGGAGAUGUCCAACUACUCUGCAAAUUGUUCUCUGGCAAGUGCUCUUUGUACCACUACUCAACCAAGGACAUAAGACACAUACCAGCAAACACUGCUUCCAGCAUUCUUGGCUCAACACAACUGUUAAAUGCUGCCAAACUCAUUGCGAAGAUGGACCAUGGCCAUGGGCAAAUCGAUAGAAUUUUAUUUGCCACUCCUCUAACUUUCAGGCCCACCCUUUUGGAAACGGAGACUGUUAAAACCAACCUAUCAACCAAAGUUAUGAGCGAUUUUAAUGAACUACAUGUAUUUCAGGUCAUUAAUAAUAUCGACCACAAUACAGAGUGCACAUUUGAAGAUGAUGUAAUCGCCCUUUUAGAAGAGACCAUUAACCACUUUGUCGUAGAGGUAAAUGAAGCUGUUCAGGAAGGGAAAGUGCCUCCAAAAUCCAAGACACCAGAGCUUAUCCCCUGCCUAGCCGCAGCACUACACGUACUCAAUCAUGUAAUGGCCAAAAUGCUCGCUGGUGUAACUUCCACGGCACCUCCAACCCAAAUAAGCAAGUCAACGAUGGAGAACGCCUCAGCCUUUGUUCAGCAUGUUGAAAGUCAGAAGGGAAUCCUGUGUCAGGUAAGGCUACAGAAGUUUAUAAAAAUAAUUCACAUUUUGUCUGACUUUUCCUUAAAUGCUUUCUUUAUCAAGUGCAAUGUUUUUCAGUGCGAAACUUUACAAUUUAUUCCCCAAAUUUAUGGCAAACUUGGAAGCUUUUAUUUCACUGCACGGUGGUUCAACCUGAAUUUACAAUUUCUCAACCCUAUUAAAAAUAAUUCCAUAAUUCCACCACAUUGAUCAUUUAAAGGUCUUUCUUUCUUACCUGUCCUGCCCAAACUAACAACAUUUAUAAACUUUGCCAAUAACCAGCUAAAAUAGUCUGUAGGAAGCAAUUUGAACAUAGCCUAUUUGAUAAAUAGCGAACUAAUUGUUCAACUGUGAAUGAAUCCCGACUUCCCAAUGAAACCACAUUUCUUCCUACCCUAUGUCCAGUGUAAUUCUAACUUAUUCUCCUCUACAGUAGUUCCUUAAAGAAAUCACCAAUUCUAUUUGUGAUAAAACCAUCCAGCAACCCACAACCAAAGCAGUCAAUGAGAGCAUCCUUUUGUCACCUGGACCAGCCGUAACCUACAGAGCCUUCACACAUGGAAAAAGAUCCUCCAGAUCAAUCGCUGAGGCAGAAUACGAGUGUGCCACAGAAUCAUUGCAAGAGGAUGGUUUUAGAAGAAUCAUACAAUAGGGAGGCAGCAUGGCCGAGUGGUUUAGGGCUCUGGAUUUGAAAUCUGGAGGUCCCUGGUUCAAAUCCUCCGCCCUACCACUAUCUGGAUUUGUUCUCGCUAGCCCCAAGUUCAACUCCCCGACCGUGUUGUGUAAAUAGUCAACUGGUCAGCCUCCCACCAGUUGGGAUUCUUAAUAGUUUAUGUUAUAU